AUGGACACAGAAGACAAGUCUACUCACUCCCAAACCGAUGUACUCAUCAUCGGUGCUGGGCCAUCCGGCUUGAUGGCAGCCUACUGGAUGGCUCGUUGUGGAGUCAACGCACGUAUUAUCGACAAUCAUGACACGAAGGUCUUCGUAGGCCAUGCGGACGGGCUUCGUGCACGCACACUCGAGUUGUUUGACAGUAUGGGUUUCCAGCACCGAGUUUUGCACGAGGGCUCUAUCUCCACCGAGGCGAACAUUUGGGGCCCCGGUCCACAGGGAAAGCUAAUCCGACAGGCUCUCAUUGACAUCUUUCGGACCGACGAGUCCCCCUUCCAAAAUACACGCUUGAACCAGGGACGCAUUGAACGGUUCAUUCUCGAUAGUAUUCGGGAACACUCUGAUCUCGACGUGGAACGGAGUGUGAUCGCUGACUCUUUGGAAUAUGACGAGGAAUUGAGCAGCAAUCCCAACGCUUAUCCUAUCACUGUCAAGGUCCGAGUACUGGGUGAAAAAGACUCGAAUUUGCCGUGCGGACAGGAAAUCGAAGCGGGGUCUGAAGCAGCUGGAAACGAGGUGAACUACAAUACCUUGUUUCCUGAUGACUGGGCCGAUCUAGUCCCGCGCGAAAGGCCACAGAAGACACAGGUCGAGACAAUCAAAGCCAAAUAUCUGAUCGGGUGUGAUGGUGCGCACAGUUGGACGAGAAAACAACUAAACAUCCCCGUAGAAGGAUCUAACACAGACCAUAUAUGGGGCGUGAUCGACGUGAUCCCUCUCAGUGACUUCCCGGAUAUCCGCCGCGUAAGCGUUGUGAACAACGCCGCAGGCACAACUCUUGUGAUUCCACGCGAGCGCGGCUUAGUCCGCUUCUACGUCCCCGUGCAAACCUGCGAAGCGGGCACAACCGACCGAUUCGACCGCUCAAAAAUCACACCUGAGCUGAUCCGGGAGCGCCUGCAGGCCAUCCUCGCCCCCUUCACUUUCGACUUCCAAGAAUGUAGCUGGUGGACCGUUUAUCAAGUCGGACAGCGGAUUGCUACGCAACUCACGAAAGACAACCGGAUCUUCCUUGCUGGCGACGCGGUGCAUACGCACUCUCCCAAGAUGGGGCUUGGGAUGAAUAUGAGUAUGCAGGAUGGGUUCAAUGCUGGAUGGAAGAUAGCCCUUGUAGUGGCGGGCACUCUCAACCCCGAGAUACUGGAGACUUAUGCUUCGGAGAGACACCCACUUGCGGAAAUGUUGCUUGACUUUGAUCGUCAUUGGUCGCCCAUGUUCACUGAUCGGAAACCUGCAGUGGCGGAUACGAAAGCUUCGGAGAUGGCUCUUGUCGCGGGGAAAUUCGAAGAGUUUGCGGAUGGGUGGAAGGUCUUUUACCCUGCGAGCAGUCUUGUUCGAAAGACUGAAGACAAAUCCGUGUUUGAUUUUGCACGGAACAUGAUUCCCGGGGAGAGAGUUCGGCCGGUGAAGCUUCGCAAUCACGCCGAUGGCGGUACACUGUGGACCACUAGGGCGUUGGAAAGCGAUGGACGCUUUCGCAUUCUCCUUUUGGCUGGGGAUAUACGGAACCCAACGCAGAAGCAACGCAUAGAGGCCUUGAGCCAGAUCUUGGCUGGACAGUCUGGAUCAAACAUGUCACCUCUGAGUCGGUACUUGGAGAUUCCUGGCCGGUUUAAGAGUCCUGUCGAUGUACUCACCAUCCAUGCAUCGCCCUGGAGAGAGGUGGAAUUCUUUGAUUUUCCAGAGAUUCUACGUCCAUUCGAUACGGUCAAAGGAUGGGCAUAUGACAAGAUUUGGUGUGAUGAUGCCUGCCGAUUUGAUCGAUAUUGUGAUGGAACAGCAUACGAGAAGUGGGGGGUCGACCGGGCGCUUGGGGCGCUGGUGGUCGUUCGCCCAGAUCAAUAUAUAGGAUGGGUGGGUGAACUUGGAGAUGUGGAGGAAUUAACGCGGUACUUGGAUGGAAUUCUCGUGAAGAGGUCGCCGACAGACAGGGUUGACGCAGUCCUCUAG